AUGCCGCGACAGCGUCGCAUAAUCAAGUGCGCAGGACUUGCGCAACCGGCGCAAGCACUUGAAAGCGACCCGCAACUGGUUGGUCCGAGGUGUUGCCGCCAAAGCGACGGAUUAAACCAGUUAGAGACCCGUAAACACUGCAAUUGGCGCAGCUCAUCACUUAACCGAAGCCACACCUUUGUUUGAGCUUCCGCCGGCGAUUACUUCGCAUUAUCUGCAAAUAUGGUAGGACAGCCGAGGAUGAGGAGGAUGAUUGAUAAGGUUAGGCAGAGCAGCGAGAAAGAAAAGAGGAAAGUGCUGAAAAAUCACAGCUGGAAUGAUUUUUUGAACCAAGGGUACUGUAAAGCUCGUUACGAGAUCCUGUUCUGCCUGAAAAUAAAUAAUAUUAUUAUUAUCCUGAUUUGGAAAAAAAAUGGUUUGAAAAUGAUUCCGUAACAAAUACUACCUGUGUUUUCUGUAUUUGAAAGGCUCAAAGAAAUAAUUUUUUUAAAAAUAAUUGGAGAGGGAUCAAGUUGAAGUAACAGGAAGAGACUGAAAGAUAACUUGGGCUUCCGGGUUUCUUAGUGUUUUCUAACUUCUUCCAUAUUAAAUCGAAAACCUGAAAUUUUCCAGAAAAAAUCUUUCAAUACAUAAAUAUUCAAGACGCAGUUCUAUUGUAUAACUGAAAUAAGACUGAAAAAGCCCUUUUCGAAGUUUUCAACAUAGUUUUUUUUUUGCUUUCUACAGUACUCCCAGUGAAAUCGAUAAAUUAUUUUUCACCAGACCUUCUUGAGAUCCUUUUUUCCUGUACCAAAUAAACGCAACCAAUAAAUCAAUCAUGUAUCCAUCAAAAUCGCAAACAUCUUCAGGCGUCAGUUUACACGAGGAGCGCGCGAAAAUGGGCGUGGCCUCGCGCGGGGAGAAGCCACAGGCCACGCCUCCUCGUGCUCGGAUUGCGCGGCUCAUUACCACGUGUGUAGUGUGUGACAAACGGUUGUGCCAGCCUUCAGUCUUCAAUCCUACAGCUUCCAAGCCAUCUUCUUCUUCUUCUCGUUUUCGACUUUUCGAUGAUCGUGAGUUUUUUAUGACUUUAAAAUAAGCCUUUGUAAAAUUCCAGUUUGAAGCAUGAAAAGGCAAAGUUUUUGCGCUUUUCCUUAUCCUUUCAAACCUAGCAGAAAAAAAAGCGUCCAAAGAAAAAAAAUUCAGGUCUAAAAAUUUUUUGUCAGCGAGUCCGAUAUUUGAAAAAAAUUAUUUUUUUAUUGUUUUAAGACUUGCUGUUUGAAAAACCAAUUUGUUUUUUUCGCGACAACAAAAAGAUAUUUUUUUCCCUCGUAAAAAAAUUAAAAAUAUCAUUUUAAAAAAAUGGCUGAACGAGAAAAAUUUCAAGCUCUUGAGAAUCUUGUUUCAGUGAGUCAGAAAAAAAGAAACGAAAUUCCUUUUUUUCACUUUUUCGAGUAAAAAUUUUGAACUUUUUGAAAGAAACAUGUGAAAAAAAGUUAUUCGAAUCUAUUGAGCGGUUGGCCUUUUUUUCAUUAGACAGAACUUUGGAGGAUUACUGUAAGAUGAGAAGGUAACUGUAGAUUUUUCUAUUCUGCAUGCAUUUCAUAACUACACAAAAAUGGCUAUUCAGUUAAAAAAUCUUUUCAAAAAUGGCGUUUUCCAAAAAAUAAAGUUACUGUAAGUCCAAAAUCCUAGCUUUUUGUUAUUUCUUACUGUAGAGAAAUGUUCUGGAUACUGUGAAUGAUGGAAACUACUUUGAAUUUCUUUUACCAUCUCAAAAACUUAAAACAUGCACGAAAACAAGGGGUUAAUCCGGAAAAAACUAUAAAAACCGGAAAAAUUUUGAAAAUUUUGGUUACUGUAGGUAUGGAAUUUUUAAUAUUGAUUGUGUCUCACUGUAGCUCAAUAACUUGUAAAACACGUCUGACCUAUUCGCGAAACUCGGAAGUAGUCGGGGAAACGGCCCGAGCCGCUGAAGCGAUGACGUAGGCAAACGCGAAAAACGCGUUUUCCUGCUUGGGCGCGAAAAGUGGGCGUGGCUUCUGGGAAAUGGUAUAAAAGUCGGAAAUCCUCGGCUCAUUUCUUACUUUUUUCAUUGUUUCUUCUUGUCAUGUCGUUUCUUACGUCUCUGUGUUGUUCAUAAGUUCAUUUCUUGAAAUUUUUGAAUUAAAAGUCGCGCGAAAAAAGCCUUUUACUCAUGAAAAUCAAGGAAAAUUUCAAGUUUUCGAGCUUUUUUAUGCUUUUUUUUGAAGGAAUCGCUCCGGUAUUAUUUCUAAGUCGCACAUAAUUGAGAAAUAGCUGAAUUUAGUAAAAUUAAAGUGUAAUAAAGCUGAAAAAGUCGUAGUGUUCACAUUUUUCAUAAAAUUCAGCAGUCAAAAUUCUCCUUUUUCCGUCUUCAGAACUCCAUAAUUCGUAAUAUAAACGUCAAUUUCCAGCUUGAAACUUAUUUAAAAGGAAAAUGGCAUUUUACUGUUUUUUCUGAGUAUUCUUUCGAAUCAAAAAUUCUACAGCGUUAUAAUUCUUGUUUAUUCAAAUUUUAUGCUUGUUCAGAGCCGUGUAGAUAUUCUUUUUCUGUAAUCAGACAUAUUUUUCCCAAAAAUUUUGCAAAAAAAUUAACUUUUUUUUCUCGUUUCUUUCUCUUUAUUACAUUCUCUCCCUCAUUCUUAAGAAUGCUCUCUAGUAAAUUUGUCCACUUAAAAAGUUUUUUCGCAAUUAAAGGAUAUUUUCGAUUUGACCUACCCGAGGUCUCGGCACUUUUGACCAUGUAGAUCACCUCGACCUAGGUCGCAAAACGGGCGGCGCGCAAAAAAUCAUUUUUACCUUAUAUCACCUUCUAAACACCUUGCUUUUCCUUUAUAGCUUCAGCUUUUCGUUAGUUUAUUAAUUCUGUUGAUUUUUAUUUCUUUGACUUAUCAUCGCGACCUUGUAGACUGAAAUUUGAUAGUUGAUCUUCCAUUUUUGGUGUGAUCUCGGCUUUUUUGGAAAAUUAUUGAUUUAUUUUUGAAUACUCGAGUUGAAAAAGGAAAAAAGGCCUUUUGCGACCUAGAAGAUGACCAACAUAUGCAAAACACGUUUUUCCUGUCUCAAAAAGAGCUCCACUGUAAUAGUUACUGUAGGUGGUGACAAAACACAGCCGCCCAUGUAAAACACGUUUUUCCCGUUACGUGAUAAUGCUGAUGAAGCCUUAGACCCUAAAGAAUACUUACUGGCGUACUAUAGAUUGUAGAAAUCGGUUAAGCCUAUGAUUACUGUAGCAGGAGCUGAGCUUCUCUUUCCUUGUCUUACGAUCGCAGUAACCAAGACAAACUUUCAGAUGUUCGCCAUGUCAGCGCCCACGGACAGCGGCUUCAGCAGCCCUUCGGCGGAAGAAGGCGUCGGUCCGUCCACGUCGUCCUUCGAGUUCCUCAGCCCCUCCAAGCUCUCUCGGGUCUCGCGACGACUUUGCUGUGACGUCACGCCGCUUCUGAUGACCGACGCUUGCAACGCCGCCACACAAACUGAUUAUUGUAAGUUUUUGGGAGUUUUGAAACUUCUAGAAAAAAGAUGAGAGAGACCGAACAAGUGUCGAAUUUAUGAAGUGAAACUUUGAUUUCAGUUCUAACUUAGACGUCUUGAAAUCCAGGGAUCUUCAGAGUAGCUUAAGCUUGAAAACGGCUUGAAAAAGCUUUGAUAUUCCUUUCUAAAUUCUCGAUUUUCAGGUAUUCCGGAGUUUCAUCCAAUGGCCCGACGAAUUGCGUCCCGGCUGCGACAAAUGUGCGACGAAUUUGAGCAAGAGCUCCAGGACCAGGUACUUUUUUUUUCUCAUGUUCAACCUUUUCCUUAGAAAAACAUUUUCUCAUAACUAACUUUUUUUGUUUCAGAAGAAGCCUCAGCCUUCCUGGAUCGAGCAGCUUUUCCAAUGGAUCCUCUAG